UUCAAGAGAUGUCUGCAUUCAAGUUAAUUAAUAUCCACUGUAAACAUUUCCUUGAAAAACCAUCAAUCGUUUCAAGUGGAGCAGAAAGUCAAACGAAGCGUUUUAUAUUUGCGCUUUAUAUCACCUGACAGAACACGAUUUGAAAGACCGUUGGACAAAUGUUUCAAGCCUUGUAGUCGAUCUUCACUGACGCCACAGUCAGCUGUUGCAAGUCGGUUGGGUAGUGAAGAUAAAAAGAAUUUAUUCUUCGUGCGCUGAUUAUUUUUGGGUGGUAGUUUUAGCAAGAAAUGUAAAUCGCCAUUGUCACGUUCACCAAGGCUGCGUCAUGUCCAACACUUCUUGCCAUAUGUGUACUAAUAAAAAGUCAACUUCUCCAAACUCUUCCGACGACUUCAGUGGUCAAAACCUCGACUCCCCGGUUAAUGCAUUAGUUUUCUCGACAGCAGUGGUCAUUGGCCUUUUAUCGCCCCUAGCCAUUGUGGGAAAUGCGUUGAUAUUGGCCACAAUUUGGAGGAGGACCUUUCUAAGAACAUCGUUUCAUUUUGUUCUUAGCGGAUUGGUAGUCACUGACUUUUUAACAGGACUAAUUUCCCAGCCUUUCUACGCUUCCUUCCACUUGAUAAAUACAACAAACUCGGCAGUGAUACAGGAUAACCCUAAGGUAGUAAAUGCCAUUGGAUUUAUCGCUGGACUUAGCACCUUCCUAUUUGUCAACGUCACUGUUGCUACCAUGACAUUAUUGUCCGUUGAACGAUGGUCGCAUAUGUCUCGGAGAUCUUUUCUAACAUCCCAACGCCGAUAUUUUGCUAGUAUAGUAAUAUUAGUCUUUCCGAUGCCUUCACUAGUUGUCUACAUUUUAGCUCUCUCGAAACCAGCUUUGUGGUAUACUUUAUUUCAAAUAACAAUUACAAAUCUUUCGUUCUGCUAUCUUAUCAUAUCCCUUGCUUAUUUUAAAGUUUAUAAAAUUGUUCGUCGUCACCAGCUUCAGAUUCAAGCCAACGGAAUAUCUCAGAGCUUUGGUCAACCUGCAAUCGACUUAGCGAAGUACAAGAAGUCUGUGGCAUCCAUGCUUUAUAUCUUUUUGCUUUUUUCUAUUUCUUUCUUACCUUUUGCGGUGUCUAAUGCGGUAGUUCUUAUAACCACACAUGAAGACACAUUAAUCGCUUUAAAACUGUCCACGGUGUUCGUAUAUCUGUCUUCGUCACUCAACCCUGUGUUGUACUUUUGGAGAAUGAGGGACAUUCGCAAUGGUUUUAAACAGCUUUUAGCAAGCUUAAGAACCUGAUUUUAUCACGUAUCAAAAUAUUUCUUGGGUCCAAGUAGAGGUUGUAGAGACACGAUUGAACAAAGUAGAAAGCAUCCAAUAAGCCCUUGCAAAAAAAAAUGCAUUUAAAUUUGCAUGGCUAUUCCAGCCCACAAGAAAUUCAAAUUUCAAAUACAUCUUUUUUUCCAGCUUAAAAGAUAUCUUCGUUAAGUCCAUAUUGUGUACUACCGAUUCUCAAAUAGCAAACAAACUGAAAAUUUAAUUUGAUUUUGUUCUAUACAACAUUAUUUGUGAGGUUUACGCGUAUUUCCUAAAAGCUGUAUAUAACUUUAUGAGAGAUGGUAAAUGAUGAUAUUUGGCUUCAAUGUGAGCUAUCCGGAUAAUUCAGGGAUAUAAACACGGGAAAAAGCGACAAAUGUAAGAUUAGCUAAAUUUAUAUUACUUUUCUUACAAUCUCUUUUCUUAUAUCCUCGACAGUUAUGAGAAAAGAGUAAAUUUUGGUGACAAUUUAGAAUAGGAACUCUAUCUCCUGCUUAGUGCAUUAGCAGUCACUGACUCGUAGAUAUGACUUGUAUAAUUCACGAGCCUUUCUAUGCGUCGUUUAUUUUGAAAUAUUAAACAAACGGAACGGUGAACCAAGAUACCGGAGUAGUUUGUGUGCAUUAGAAUAACCUCAGUGUUAA